CCACAAGGAGCGAUGGCAGACUGCAAAUUUCUUGAAAAUGCAAUUCAAAUUAUCAAACGGGCGCGAGACGAGGAUGAAGGGGGUAAUUACUCUGAAGCAUACAAAUCGUACAUCUUGGCACUCGAUUACUUCAUGAUGGCACUAAAAUAUGAAAAGAACGACAAGCGUAAAGCUAUAAUCCGUGCAAAGACAGCUGAGUAUCUAGAGAGGGCGGAGACGGUCAAGAGUUAUCUGGGCAACCCAGAGCUUAAAAAAAAAGUUGUGGCGGGGAACGGGGGGUCCGCUGAGAAGCCUUCAGAGGAUUCUAAUUCGAAGAUGAAGAUAGCCUUGGAAAACACGAUUUUACAGGAGUGCCCAAACGUUAGAUGGGACGAUGUCAUUGGUUUGCUGUCUGCAAAAGAGGCUCUUAAGGAAGCCGUUAUUUUACCUAUUAAAUUUCCCCAUCUCUUUGUUGGAAAUCGCCAGCCAUGGCACGGUAUUUUACUUUAUGGUCCUCCAGGUACUGGCAAAUCCUUUUUGGCUAAGGCGGUCGCUACCGAGGCAUCUGCAAAGUUUUUUUCGAUAUCUUCGUCUGAUCUUCUGUCCAAAUGGCUUGGAGAGUCGGAAAAGCUUGUACGCCAGCUCUUCGCCUUGGGCCAAGAGCUAAAGCCCAGCAUCAUUUUCAUUGACGAGAUUGAUUCCUUAUGUUCCGUGAGGAAUGAUUCAGAGUCUGAGUCUACCAGGCGAGUUAAGACUGAAUUUUUGAUUCGGAUGAAUGGGGUUGGGAACGAUCUGGACGGAAUUCUUGUCUUAGCCGCUACGAACGUCCCUUGGUUGUUAGAUUCAGCCAUACGGCGACGGUUCGAAAAAAGAAUUUACAUUGGUCUGCCCGACGAGUCUACUCGCUCGAAAAUGUUUCAGAUGCAUUUAGGAGAUACGCCCAAUUCACUAAGUCAAGCAGAUUACAAGGAACUGGCGUCUUUUACCGAAGGCUAUUCCGGCUCGGAUAUUGCCGUCGUUGUGCGAGAAGCGUUGAUGCGACCCAUUCGAAUGGUUCAGAGUGCCACGCACUUCAAAAACGUUGUCGCCCCGGACCGCCGAAACCCUGCUAUUCAGAAAACUUAUUGGGAGCCAUGUUCUCCUGGAGACCCCGAGGGCGUUCCCAUGAGCUGGAUGGACAUCGAGGGAGACGCUCUUUUAGAACCCUUGGUCACAAUAUCGCACCUUUUCAAGGCACUUAAAUCAACCAAGCCUACAAUCAACAGCGAAGAUUUGAAUCGAUACACCCAAUUUACUGCCGAGUUUGGACAAGACGGGUAACAUAUUUUUCAAAAAAAUAUUUUGGCCAAAACGGGGCCAAAUCUGCGCUCAUCACUUACCCUGUGACACCGUUGUAGUGCUCUGCUUGGGGAAGGCGCAACCCCGCGGAGAUGCGGCCCCUUGAGCACUUCUUGUCGUGUGUUCCUACAACCGUUUUUUUGUUGCUGCCUUGGGCAGGGGCAGAGAGGGUGCUAAGCGCGAGGCAUUCAAGCCCAUGGAAAACGCAAAGGAAGUUCCGAGUUUUACUUCUAGCGCAGAGCAGAGAGUUCGAUCUCGCCAGGUAAGCCUGCAACCGGCUUUCGGCGAACAAUGAAGGGAAGUGAGUGCCAAAACACUACAUGGCGCUCGCGCGCGUUUUGUAGUCCGCGCGGCCUCUCUGGACUCGACAAAAAGAUUAGUAUGUGAUAGUGUGAA